GGAACGCUGCCAGACGGGAGGGCAGGUUAGCGCGGGGAGUCACGCCCUCCAGUUCAGGCACUAGUUAAAGUGGUGGACGUCCAUUGAUCUGAAGAUUUGCACCAUGGCAGCCAGACUGUUUGCUUGUGGAGCCGUGCUGUUGGCCCUGACUUUUGGAGGAAGUCUCGCGCAGCUGGAUGUUUGCGGCACCGCACCGCUCAACACUCGCAUCGUAGGAGGUGAAGAUGCUCCGCAAGGAGCGUGGCCCUGGCAGGCCAGUCUGCAAAGCAGUGGCAGUCAUUUCUGCGGGGGCUCCCUGAUCAACAACCAGUGGGUUCUGACCGCUGCCCACUGUUUUCCCAGCACCAGCACAGCAGGUUUUACUGCUUCCCUUGGACGUCAGACCCAGGAAGGCACAAACGACAACGAGGUGUCCCGCACACUGUCCGAGAUCAUCUUGCAUCCACAGUACGACAGCGCCACAAAUGACAACGACAUAGCCCUGCUGCGGUUGUCUUCAACUGUUGAUUUCACUAACUUCAUCAGACCCGUGUGUCUGGCGGCCACAGGCAGCGACUUCCCAGGCGGGACGUCCACCUGGGUCACGGGCUGGGGAACAAUCGCCAGUGGUGUGGCACUUCCUUCCCCUCAGACGCUGCAGGAGGUUAACGUUCCUGUCAUUAACAACACUAACUGCGACAACUCCUACAGCAGUCGAGGCAUCUCAAUUACAAGCAACAUGAUCUGUGCCGGUUUGGAGAACGGAGGAAGGGACUCCUGCCAGGGAGACUCAGGCGGCCCCAUGGUGAGCAAAAACGAUACCAUAUGGGUUCAGGCUGGAGUGGUGAGUUUUGGAAUCGGGUGCGCUGAGGCCGAAUUCCCGGGGGUGUACGCACGAGUGUCACAGUACCAGGACUGGAUCAACAGCCAGAUCCCCACCAACCGGCCCGGCUUCGUCACCUUCAUGGGCUCAGCCUCGUCAGCCACCUCCUUCUCAGUUCCUCUGCUGCUGUCCAUCCUGCCUUUUUUCUUCUCUCACUUUGUCCUCACAUGGUAACUUUAAUGAGGUACUUGUGAGUCAACAUCCCUGUAAAGAUUGGCUCAUACUUACUUAUGAUUUAUUUAUCCUAAAACAAGCAAAUAUUCUAGUAACUUAAUCAUACCUUUCCCCUAUAACCAGCUCAUACUUAGGUGUUGUGGAUGCUUUAGUAGACCCAGAAUGUUAAAUUUGCUAAAAACAAUGAAGAUAGCAAUUUUUUUAAAUGUUUUUUUGUAGACUUGAGCUGAGCCGAGUUUCGCUUCAUUGCUUGUGUAUGUGAAAAAAAAUUGGAAUAUAGUAAUUUAAUAAACCAAAGAGCAAUACGGGAUAAGAAGUUGUAUUUCUGUCGCGACUUCAGCUGCUACCAAGGUGCAUGGAGGAGAAAGUGAAACUGAAGAAAAACCAAGACUCCAGCAGCACUUCUAGUAAAUGAAACAACUUAUUUUAACCAAACCAUAAAGUGCUGCUGGACAAAAUUUUAUCCUAUGAGCUGAACUUUAAGCGUGUGACGUUAUGAAAUUAGAUUAAAGAAUUACUACAUAUAAAGAAAUGCCCCUUUUAAGUGAUUACAAUUAAUUAAUCGAUGUAAACAUUAAACAUAAUCAAUCAGAACUAAAUCUAAAAGACAACUUUAACAAGUUUAAUACCUGCUUCUGUCUUAUGUCUUUAAAUGACCAAUUAGUAACCAAUAGUUUAUUUAUAAUACUAUUAUUACUAUUCAUAAUACAACACAGAAUGAGUCACUUUUAAAAUUUAAUCAUCAAUCACUGUUUAAUGCUUAUUCUUGGCAAUUAAUUAAUUAAGUUCAACAACAGCUGAAAAUCUGUGCGUUUUGUUGUCACACUCCAGACUCCGCAGAAGCUACUAAACUGAACAGAUGCACACGGCUCUUUGAGAGAACGGUGACGUUUGACAGUUUACAGCUGAAGGACUUUGGGAAGGAUUUAUUGUUAGAAGUUUUCUGUGUUCAUGCGAAUAAAUAUUGAAUGUAUGUACUUGUGGUGAAUUUUUUACAAGUUUACAGAAUUGAACGUGUGACAGUGAAGAAACGUGUACGCGCCUUCAUACUUACGUAAUCAGGGAAGUCAGAUUUAUGAUAAGGAGUCCAUUUUUCUACCAGUUUGUUAUGUAGCUUAAUUUAACAGUGUAAGAUGUAUAUCUGUUCUCUUGGCUUGGCUGUGGUACAAAUCCUAAUUAAAUCCUAUUUUCAGAACAUUUGGAAGUUCCCUGCUGCUGCUGUGUUUUUCUGUGAAAUAAAGCGACACCUGAAUGUGUGAGAA